CAGUUAUCACCUAUCACGUCGACAGGCCGCCGGCUACGAAUUAACGUCGUGCGCUUGCGGAUCGCCAAAACACUUGUUAUUUACGUUUUGUUUCGAGUAUCGCCAUUCAUCAUAGAUUAUGAAUAGUAUUCACGUAUCAUGUGAGAGUUAAGUCAAAUUUGACCCUCCAAACAUUACUAAAUAGUAAAUACUAACUAUCGUCAUUCGUCGGGCCACGCACGAUGAAGUACAUGAUCAGCAUGUAUCGGUGCUAUGCUGCUACUAAUUUCAGAUUGUUGAAUUUUGAAAACAGAACGUACAAGAACAUUCGAUUUUUCAAGUAUGUGUGUCAGUGCGUCUUUCCCAGUAUUGUGCGAUAUUCCCCUUGGCGAAACUAGAAAAUUUUAUUAGGACAGGCCAAAUGAUAAAUAUGAAAAAAAUUAUGAUUACAAAAUAAGUUUUAUUUAAAUUUUAAAUUUUAUUAAGUCAGUCAGUAAGUUAUCGAGUCAGGAUUAGCUUAGACCAUGGCCCAACUGGCCAUGAACUGGUCUUCAUAUUUUUUUUUAACCUUAUACAUUUUUUCAUAUUAAAAUUAUGUGAAAUUAUUUUAAUCUUGAGCUCUUAAACUUAAAUACCUUUUCCAUAAAAAAGUUAAAACUUUUUACUGUAAACAAGGGUCAUAACAAGUUAUUUAAUACAGUUACUGUCAAGUACAAACUUGGCAUGACAAAAUAAACCAAAUCCUUUAAAAAAUUGCGAAAAAUUGGCACUGGUCAGGAUUCUGAUACUACUCUUGAACAAUUUCUUCAUUGUAUCAUACUGAAUUCAGUGGUUUUGCAAUUACCAAGCAAGGAACCACUGAAAACAGAUACAAAAGUUCCGGCUUUUACAAGUGGCAGUGGUGUUGAUUAUGAUAACCCAUGUUUACAAUCUACUGAAAAGAAAAAUGCUUCUUUAAAUAACACUGAUGUUACGCAUGAUAAUAAAUUAGACAAUAAACAAAAUAUUAACGAGACCUUAAACGAUAGUAACUUCACAAUGCGACUUGUUAAAAGGAUUGAAAAAUGGUCGCCAUCUACAGCAAAAUAUGCAAGACUGAGUGUUUUUGGGACUAAAUAUCUAUACAAAGAUAUUCUAGUGUUACUAUCAGCUUUUAAUAAAUAUUAUAGUUCUGAUUUGUCGUUAUUAACUUAUGCCGAGUUGGAGGUGAAGUAUAGGUUGCCAUCACAACUUUUUGGUUUGACACCAAUCCUAAUUUUUUGUAAUAUACCAUUUCUUGAUUUGCUUAUAUUUCCAAUAGCGUUCAUGUUUCCUAAGUAUUUGUUAUCUGAACAUUUUUGGACAGAUGAACAAAUUAAAGAGUAUUGGGUAAAAGAUCAACAGAACAAUUUUGAACAUAACAUGAGAGUUUUUGAGCAUUUGAGUUUAAUGGCUGAAGAAUGUUCAGAUGAUAUGCUUUUGAAAUGGUUUCGUGUGAUUGAAUGUCUAAAAGCAGGAAACGUGGCCCCAGUAGAAGACAUAAUUCAAGCCAUCCCAGUUUUUACUAUGUUCCCGUAUAAUUUUAGCUCCUUACCUCCUCAACAUAUUAAAGUGCUAUUGAAAAUGUACAACAUACACCGUGGAUGGGGAAGAAGAUUGAGGUUGAAGAAAUUAGCACAGUACAUACAAUUAAUGGAUAAGGCAAUAGAAUCUGAAGGUGGACCAGAUAAAUUAAAUGAUAGGCAAUUAAAAUGGGCGUGCUUAUUUAGAGGCUUGAGCCCUUUUUCAUCAUCUAGAGAAACACUUGUCCUAUACUUACAAGACUGGAUAAAGAUCUCCUCGAAAAUAGACAACGAUUCACUCAGCUUUAUACUCCAUUGCCAGGUUUUAUUGGCAUUAAAUCGACCAGAAAAUGACAUACUAAAGAAGACUGAAUAAUAAAUGGUGUUUAUUUAAAAACAAAAAUAAAUAACCAUUUAAAAUCUAGACAAAUUAAUCCAUUGUAAUUACAAUAAUAAUUAACUCUAGCCUGUAUUUUUAUUUUGUAGUAUUCAAACGAUAUUAAAGGGCCCCUUUGUCCAAAUACGAAUGGGAGCCCACCAGGAAAUUCUCGGCUUCUCGGUAUGCAUAUCCGCUCAAAUUAAUAUCCAGUAAUGUUAAGAGGAUGUCAGCACAAUAUUUGUUUUUUCUCUCUGGCCCAUGCGCAACAUUUACAAAACGCAUUUACACAGAAUCAUUUUUUCUAUGUUUUUAAGUAAUCUUAGAGUAAAAUCACCCAUUACAAAAAUUGUUAUUUGACAUUAUAUUCGAAUUUGAAAAUAACCAAAAGAAUUUUGUAAAUUUAAAUGAUGUUUAAAUUGUUUUGAAACAAUAAUUAGACAAAUCGAUAUGUCAUUCCCUCAAAAAUAUUAUUCUCUAUCUUUUUUGUCAUGGGUAAAUUUACUAUGAGAUUACAUAAAAACAUAAAAAAAUGAUUCUGCGUAAAUGUGUUUUGUACAUCUCCCGCGUGGGCCAGAAA